CUGUCAAGUUUUUGUUCUGCUCCUGCUUCCACCACUUUGAUAUAGCAACUUCGAUUUGACUCUCCUAUUGCCUUAUUCUAUGUUGACACUCAUCUUCUAGUUGAUCAACAAAUAGUAUAGGAUGGCCCGUGGCAAAGGGAAAGGUGGUGGUGGGAGGCUGGCGGUAUUUUUUUGCUCUACAGUGACGUGGGGUAGUUUCUGCGAGAUUCGCGGAAUACUAGCCGCGUCGCCUUACCACGACGACGUUAGCUCGGCUGUUGCGCGAAAAGCACCCUUUUCUGUGGCUGCCAGCGCGUCUACUGCCUCUGCAACAAGUAGCCUCGCAGCAAGUUGCUCGACUGGCGACCGCACGAAAACAAAAAACGGAAGCGAGAGCGGCACUUUCAACAACAGCCUUUCUUUUGCGAGCAAAAGCGCGGAUGCAGAUCGAGGCCACACAGCACGGAAUGACGUGUCUCGAAUCAUUCUUGAGGAUGAAACUGUUUCCCCGGACAUGUUAGACGCAUUGCGAACCUCUCCGCAGUCCGAUCUUACAGACCUGGCAAACCUUAUCCGCUCGAGCCUGGCAAUAGAAGACGACAGCAUUAUAUCUGAGGGAGCUACAAGUACAACGAGGGGAGGCAGUGGCAGUGGGUCAGCAACGAUGAUUCCUCCACCUCACGUGCCCGGUUGUACUAGUAGCGGCACGGUCGUCGGAGAAAGCUUCAUCAUGAAGAAGACUGCAUCUACUUCUACAUUGACGAAAGGCAAUAUUAAAGCUGCUAGUACAACUUCCGCGACUCUUCCACUGGGAUCGUCAGCAGUAGCCGCAACGACUGGUACUCUGUUUGCUUCGCUGUCGCGUCGCGCCAGCGGGGCUGGAAGUGGCAAAGCAAAACGCAGCGCCGAAAUGCUAGGGGCCGACCUUUUGACAUUCUUGCGUGACGAACUUGCCCGGACCUCACAUACUGUGGAACACCAGUCCAAGGCGCACGGGUACAUGUGGCGCGACCAGGAGCGACAGACAUGCAUGCAGCAGUGUCAGCACCAUCAUCUUCUUGAUGAUCGUUCUCAUUCUCCACGAAAAGGAAAACAAGCAAACAAGCACGAUGAACACAAGCAACAUCAACAACUGAGGCGCCGACUUGACGCAAUGCAGAGUCGACGGAAGCAGUCGAUAGAGAAGUAUCUUGCGGGCGUUCUCGACAGAAUGGCAGACGGUCAACAAGGCCGCGAGCGCCAUGCCAGAGCCCCCGCGGCCCAAAAGAAGGAAGAACAAAACUUCCUGUGGGAAGCGUUCGCUCACUUUGUCUACUACUUGGAACCGCUCUACGACGAUGCUUACCAGCACCAAAUGGCGACGCUGCGGGAGCACGUCCCACAAGGACGUCAAUUGGUACGAACGGCAAAGGGGAUGCAAAUAUUCGAUCGUGAAGUUUCCGAUCUCUUCAUUGACGCGUUGCAGUACCUGCUACAGAACAUUGACUGGGAAAAGCGUGGUGAGGCCGUCCUGCGAGAACAUGGCAAUGACGCAACACGCGUCGGACUUUUCAAUGGACGGAAACUUGCUGCUAGUGGUCAACAUAAUUCGUCCCCCACUGGAACUACAAGUGCGAGCCAGCGCCACGAGGACGACAAGAAGUACUUCGAAGAAAACCACUCAGAGUUUUGGCUGUACGUUCUGGCGCACCAGAUGCAAACCCUCCCGCACGGAAUCUUGAUGCAUAUUGGCUACUUCGGUCGCGCUUGGAUCACGGACGAUAGGGGACGCAAGCUCGUAGCGCCGGUGGGGAACAAUUCUUUCAGGCCCGACGAUAACUGGCAACGUGUGCUGUUUGUUGGGGGGCACUGGAACUACCGCUCGGACGGAAAUUUCUCGAACAGAGCCUUGACUUUUCGCUUGCGCGACUCUGCGACGCGAACGAGACUGUUAAGCGACCUCACGCAGCUUCAUCAGAUCAUAGCGAAGCGCGACGCGCUGGUGCGCCGCGCGAACGAUCUGCAUGACAAGGCAGUAGCGCUUUAUCAGCACGCAGGAACGAUUGGGCUGCAGAAAAUGCGGAAAGAAUGUAGCGCCAUUAUGGGUCUCCAGACGCAAUUGGAACGUGAGCACUACGGAACGUUGAAACCUGCGUGGAGCCAAGUUUUUUCCUCCUCGGUGGUCUUGCCGGCUGCAAUUUUGAAAAGAAUGCACGGUCCUCCCGAGCAAUCAUCCGCGUCCUUUCCGACCCAGGGAGCCAUCGAACUACUGCAAGCGCCAGUUUUCCAUUUCCGCCGCUUGGAGAAGGAGGAUGCCUUUUCUGUCCACGUGCACGUAGGCGCGGGGCUUUCACGCGACGAAACCGAAAGCGAUAGAAGCAACAAGUCCUUCCCUGAUGAUGAACAUGUGCCUGCGGCCGCGAUGCGGUAUUUGACCUCUUUCAUUACAAUGUCGAUGCAUUCAAACCUGGUGCGCAAGAUAUUCCCGGAUGGUGCGCCGGCCAGCAGUGAUCGCAACCACAGCAGUAAACCUUGCAAAACUGGUGCAGCACGGCCAGUGAAACAAAAGAUCAAUCAAGUGUAUCUGGAUUGCUACAUCGAGCUUGAACAUUUGGACGAGCAACAAGAACUGGACGGCCACAUUGGAAAUAAGCUGCCCCUUGUUGCGAGUGGCACGACUUUCCCGUGUCGCUUCAUGUGCAAGGGCAGAGAUUCUACUUUCGGUGCGGCCCAUGCUGGGGACGACGACGUUCUGGGCCCUGGAAAUGACAACCAGUACGCGGAAUUUUUUCUGGCGUUUCCGACUACGAACCGCGAGUACUUCGCUCUGAUGGCCGAGCUCGUACAUCUCGCUGUCCAAAGUGGAUAUCUCGACGCACAGACCGGCGACGACGUCGGCGACGUGCUCACCCAGUACAUGAUUAUGGAUCUUAUGCUCGAGAAGUCCGCCAGCGGCGAAGGCGAUGGCCACGGGGAGCCGCUGACUGCCCCGGCAGCGUUUUUGCAACUGCUGGAUCUGCCGUUCGAGGUUGAGCCAACAGGGACUGAUGGCGGCGAAGAACUCGUGGGAGCGGCUCGGGAUGCUGGCGAAGGUGGUUCUGCUGUUGCGGACUUCUUGGCGCGCAUUCGUGCGAUGAAUCGCGAGGCUGGCGCGCGAGCUGCAAAAGCCGACGCGCGAACGCAGUCGCUGCGGCGGGACCAGAGGAAGGUCACGAAACCGCAUAAAGUUUCCAAGAAGGCACGAACGACAGGCGGAGGCGCGAAUAAGGCGAAAUUACAAUCCGAUGCGCCUAGUACUAAUUUUCUGUCGUCUGCAGAAGACGCUUCGACGAGGCAACAUUCUCGGCUGUCGCCUGAAGAAGAUCAUUCGGUUUGGACAGAGGUGCAGAACUUUAUGAAGCAACUCCGCGAAGACAGAGUGUAUCGGAGGGAAAUAAGACCACUUCUGAGCAAACGCGCCACUGACCGCUUGAAAAUGCACAAGCUCGCUUCCUUGAUAAAACACUUGCAGGCCAGCUUCGACAAAACCCGCCGGGAACUACAACGAGGGUCGCUAGUGUCACUCGACGAGCAAAAGCAAGAAAGGCUUUCCUUCGUGGACGCCGACUUUUCUCAUACUCCUGCAAACCACGACGCGGGAAGAUCCACUUCGCUCUCCCAGCCCCCUCCCGGAAUAGCCGUGGAGAGUCGAACAAUGGGUCCGAGGGGCGGGAGCUCCCAUGCCACCAUCAAGACGCAAGUCUUUCAGUUGCAACAGCAAUUACAGACCCAUCUCCACGACAUGGAGGAGGCAUGGAAAACUUCGUGCACGAAUCUCAUAGGGAAAACGGCAGUCACCCUGAUCACUGAACACGGGAAGUACAAGGACACUACCGUGAGUCUCUCCACCGCGCAGCGCAUAAUAAAACGAAUGUUGGACGCGAUCGUGGGUGUGGCGUGA